AUGAAGUCUGAGGAUAUUUUAAAACAAAAGGAUGUUUUACAUCAAAUCUCCCAGGCAAGUGAUGCAAUCCGACGCAAACAUAAACUCUUGAAGUUAGGAAAAGAUACAGCUGAAAAAGCCAUGGAUGAAAUGUUCAAACCGAUAGUCACACCAUUAAAAACUCUUAUUGAAUCAUCAGGGCGAAAAGUUAAACAAGAAAAUAUAAAAGAAGAGAUAAAAGCAGAAACAAAAAAUGAAAACUCAGACCAACAACCAGAUAACUUUGAUAGUCUGAUCUCAGAUGAUGAAAGUUUCAUUAAUAGCAACAGACAGCACCGAUCCACAGAACCACUAGCUUCAAGUAGUCCUAUCAAAACAGAUCAUUUAUUAAAAACUUACAUACAAAAAUUAAAUCGAAAUCACAAAGAGAUUGAUUUCAGGUAUGGUGUUCGUAAAAAAAAUAAAGCAAUGUUCAUUGGAAAUUCAAAUAUUUAUUUCAACAAUGAUGAAAUUAAUGUUCAAGACAAAGUUUAUCCUAUGACUCAUGGUUUAUUGGAAUUAUUAGUCAAAAAAGAUCCUCAAGAUUCUGUAGUUACACAGAAUGAUAAGAAACACUACUUAGAUAUUGUUGAAAGAACGAAUAUGUAUUGGAAAAAUUACAAGCCAGAUACAAGUAUUUUCAAUGAUCUGUCACCCAAGUUUCAAAAUUAUGUUGUUGAAUUCCUAGCAAAAAGACAUCCAAACUUUUCGAAAGGUGGGGGUUUACCUAGUCACAUGAUAGUAAAAAAGAAAAAUAGAAAUAUGGAUUAUGUAUACUGGGAUGAUCCCAAUGAACUGGUUGAAAGAUUACGCCUAUUAAUAGCCUCUCAAUCAGCUGGUAAUACCAGUCAUACUAAUGAAAUUAUUUCGAUUAUUGAAGAAUUAAGAGAGGCUGAAAUUAUAUAUUAGAAG